AUGGUGCAUAUGGGUUCCCCUGAACGCGAGGAAGCCCGUUCCUUUUGCUUCCUCGCGCUACGUCUUACCCUCACAUUACGUAGCGCCCACCUUGGUAACCGACGACAACAAAGACAACCGACGACAACAAAGACAACCGACGACAACAAAGACAACCGACGACAACAAAGACAACCGACGACAACAAAGACAACCGACGACAACAAAGACAACCGACGACAACAAAGACAACCGACGACAACAAAGACAACCGACGACAACAAAGACAACCGACGACAACAAAGACAACCGACGACAACAAAGACAACCGACGACAACAAAGACAACCGACGACAACAAAGACAACCGACGACAACAAAGACAACCGACGACAACAAAGACAACCGACGACAACAAAGACAACCGACGACAACAAAGACAACCGACGACAACAAAGACACAAUGACGUCCAAAUCUAACGAAGCCCUUAGCGCUCGAGGGCCUGAGGAUAUGGAACGGAGAGGAAGAACAAGAAGAGAAACCGUGAUGGCACAAGAAGCCACCGUCGUCGACGAUGACGGAUCUGACGACGACGAUUACCAGCCUAGUAAUGAAGACGACAGGACAGUACUGCCCGAAAAUGCGGGCACGACCCCGAUGAUUGAUGCGUUUGACUACGUGAGCCCGAAUCACCCGCUACGUCCUGCUCGAGCGAUCUGUGUUCUAGAUAGAGCGCAACAAUUGGCACGAUUGCGACACCAUUUCGAGUUCUGGUGGGACGUUAUGCUCGCCAUGGACAAACAAGCCAAAAUGAAUACAAACCAAGUGACCGAUGAUUUGAUUCGUGAAGAAGUCAUACGUUUAGGCGAAGACAACCGAGAACUGCGACGUGAAAGAGACCGUAUGACGGUGCAACGAGAUUUGGCAGAGAAGCGAGUCGAGGAACUGGCCUCGAAGUUGGACGGAGCUUACCGAGAGCGAGACCAGUCAAUCAAUACGUUGAUGAAUACGGCGAGACAAACGACGCCGGUUCCGGAAAGAAACACCAACAGUCGUGUUCCCCGACGCGAUGUCUCCCUGGAGGCUCGGACUGAACCGAUACGACGAGACGGUUCCCACUUGCUUUACUCCAGUCCGGGACGUUUCGAUAAUCCAAAGUUUCCUGAUGCGCCUGUAUUUUCAGGAGAUCGCGGCGCGUUUGAUAGCUGGAGAGACAAGGUGUAUGACAAGCUGAGUAACAGCGCCGCUCAGUACCCAAAUGAAGAGCAACGAAUUGCCUAUAUUCGCAGCCGCACUGACGGUAUCGCCUAUCAACAAAUCCGAGCCCAAUGUCGACCCGACCAUCCGCGCAGCUUUCGGUCUGCUGAAGAUGCAUUGGAAGCUCUAGAAAAGAUUUACGGCGAUAAGAACAAGAGAAAACGGGCCAUCAACGAACUGCGCACCCUGCGUAUGGGAAGAAGGACCUUUGAUGACUUCUAUGCCGACUUCGCCCGCUGCGCUGCGGAAGUUGGAUAUGCUGAAGAUGCUAUGAUACCACUACUCGAAAACGCGAUCUCAAACGAGUUGGCCCGACAAGUCAUCGGGUUGCAGAAACCCGCAGACUUUUACGACCUGGUAGAUUUCUAUCGAGAUGUUGAUCACGAGAUGCGUGAUUACGAAAGAAGGUUGCCAAGCCGUGUCAUUGGCACCGGCCGAACCAAUCAGCAAUACGAAAAAUCACGUCCAAGACAGACACCCUUCGCCACACGAUCUGAAGGCUAUGUUCCGCGCCCGGUAGAUCGCGCCUUGCUUGCUCAGCAUGGCCGAUGCUACAAGUGCGGUGAGCAUGGACACCGAAUCCACGAGUGCACAAACCCGCAGAUGAAGGAGAUGCCACGCCUUGGUCGCGGAACAGCGAAGGUAAACCAUGCGACGAUGGAAUCCGACAUCGACGAUGAAAGCACCGUCGUUGAGGGAAAAGAGAUGUCCUAG